ACAGAGAAGGCCAGCCAACUUCGAUAACAGACGUCAGUUGUUGGUCCAGUCAGCUGUUCAGGUGUUAAUAAAAAAAAAGGCCCGUGGACACUUCCUGGACACGUUGUUUUCACAUGAUUGGUCCAGAUGGCGAGUGAAAGCCAUGUGACCAAGAAGAGCAGUGUGCUGUCCGACAGAGAUAUGCUGCGCUGAUCUCAAAACAACACAUCUACCUAAGUAUUACUGCAACUACAGUAACCUCCAGAAUUCGCCAGCACUAUGCAGGUAUUCUGGAGAGGAGUGUCUGCAUAUACAUUUCAGCUGCCCUGACAAGAAGGGGUUCUCCGACGAGAAAGAAGACAUUCCACUUUGAAAUGAGAUUGGAUUCCAUGCUUACCAGCUAAACUGACCAACACAGUUGUGGACCCAUAAUGAAGGCUUUGAUUUUGGUCGGUGGAUACGGCACACGAUUACGACCUCUAACCUUAAGUGUGCCCAAACCUCUGGUGGACUUCUGUAAUAAGCCCAUUCUACUUCAUCAGGUGGAGGCACUGGUAAAGGCUGGCGUCAGUCAUGUCAUCCUGGCGGUGAGCUACAUGUCCGAGCUGCUGGAGAGGGAGAUGAGGGCACAAGAGGAGAGGCUUGGCAUCAAGAUUUCACUUUCACACGAGAAGGAGCCCCUGGGAACAGCUGGACCUCUUGCUUUGGCGCGAGAGCUGCUGUCAGACAACGAUGAGCCUUUCUUCGUCCUCAAUAGUGAUGUCAUCUGUGACUUCCCCUUUGAGGACAUGCUCAAGUUCCACAAGCAUCAUGGCAAAGAGGGCACCAUUGUGGUAACCAAGGUGGAAGAGCCAUCCAAAUAUGGGGUUGUAGUAUUCGAAGCAGAGACGGGACGCAUUCAUCGGUUUGUGGAAAAGCCACAGGUUUUCGUUUCCAACAAGAUCAAUGCUGGAAUGUACAUUUUCUCCCCCUCUAUGCUUCAGAGAAUUCAGUUGAAACCAACCUCAAUAGAAAAGGAAAUCUUCCCUGUGAUGGCCGAGCAGGGACAACUGUACACCAUGGAACUGCAGGGGUUCUGGAUGGACAUUGGCCAACCCAAGGACUUCCUAACGGGCAUGUGCAUGUACCUGCAGUCUGUGAGGCAACAAGCCCCGGAGAGGCUACGCACUGGACCAGGAUUUCAUGGCAACGUUCUUGUGGAUCCAACAGCAGUCAUUGGGAAUAACUGCAGUAUUGGUCCCAAUGUGACUGUGGGAGCAGGCGUGGUCCUUGAGGAUGGUGUGCGUAUUAAGCGCUGUACGGUGAUGAAGGGGGCGCGGGUGCGCUCACACUCCUGGCUGGAGUCCUGCAUCGUUGGCUGGAGUUCUUCUGUCGGCCAGUGGGUGCGAAUGGAAAAUGUUACUGUGCUGGGCGAGGAUGUUAUCGUGAAUGAUGAACUUUAUCUCAAUGGGGCCAACGUCCUGCCUCACAAAUCCAUCACGGACUCUGUUCCUGAGCCACGGAUCAUCAUGUAGUCUUCAUCCCACAGCGCCAACACAGAAACGCCUUCAAAACAUGCCCUAAUGUCAGAACUAUAUAUACAUAUACACAGUAUAUAUGUAAACUGGGUGAGGUACGCUACCUACCUGACAAGUAAGGUGAUGGGGUUGCGGAUGGGGUUGGGGAUGGGUAUGGGGUGAUGGGGUUGGCUUGUAGGCUCCUAUACUAAUUGAAGGAAACCCACUUGAUUUGUGGACGUGAAAGAAGCUUUGUAAUGGACAAUGACUUGCACUCAGCCAAUGGAAAGGGUUCAGAAAAAUAGCUUAGUUUCAUAAUAUGCGUGAGAUUAGCUGAUGGAUCGCAACACAUCCAAGAAGCGGUUAGAGGCAUAGCAUUUAGUACAUCACAUUGCCUUAAGGUUGGGUUGGGGGACUGUUCUUUUUCUUAUGCAUAUUUCUUGUCCUAUGCUCUCUGUAAAUCUUUGUCUUGUACACUCUACAAACCACUCAAACAAACAAAAUCAUGUCAUACUUGGAAAAGGUUUUAUAUUAAAAUGGCAGUCUGUUUUA